AUGCUUUUGCUUUCCUCUGCAGUUGCUGCCGUCAGUGGUGGAGCCAUUCCGCGCUACGGUUCGACUCGUUCGGCAAUAAUUCGAAUUUACAAACAAGAGGGCCUUAAGGGGCUCUGGAAAGGAGUGGGAGUAACAGCCGCAGCCUCUUCAACCUCAUGGGCUUGUUUCAGAUACGUAUUCGAUAGACUUGGUUCCAGUGUCCCCGGUUGGCGAGUAUCUCUGUGCGGAACAUCAAGUAAAACACAUGGAGUGACGCAACGGACAUCUUUCGACGAUGUGGUGUGCGCACACUUCAGCGCCAGUGGCCUCGUCGCCGGCCUUCUCGUCACCUGCCUGACCCAUCCAUUAUGGCUCGCCAAAGCGCGAAUGGAAAUGCAAGCAAAGGAAGCGGAGAUUUCCGGCUGGCCUCAGUUCCGCAGCGGGUUUAGUUGCGUCGUGAGCGCCGCCCGCGGUGGCGUGAGGGAAUCGUACAAAGGCAUCGGCCCCGCCUUAGCUUUAGUGCCGCAUGCAGCAAUUCAAAUUGCAGUGUAUGAGCGGCUCAAGCGGAAUCAUAACAACUCGCAAAAAUCUUCUUUCUCCGCGGGGUUGCCUGCUAUUUGGGGCGCAAUUUCCAAGUUCGCUGCGCUCAGCCUCACGUAUCCCCUCCAGGCAAGUGCAAAUCCGAGCAGUUGCACGGUUAUGCGCUUCUUUGUUCUAAGGAGUCGCCAACAGGUUCACAAUACUCCUUACGUCAAUUUAAACUUCUUACAGAUUGGCAUCCGGAUGGUGCGGGAAGAAGGGGUUUUGUCUCUCUUUGGAGGUUACUGGGUGCACACGCAGCGCGCGUGUUUGCAGAGCGCCCUCAUGUUUUUUUUAUAUGAGGGUAUUUUGGUUCGAAUUAAAUGA